AUGAAUAUUCCAUUCACCCUUAAGCUUGCAGUAGAAGAAGUGAACCGUGGUGUUGCUCCGACCUUGGACAUUGACAAGUACCUCGUUAGAAUAACUCUUUCUCAUACUAUAGGUGACAUCAAAGGAGUGAUAUGGCGACAGUCUGAAAAUUACCGAAUAAAACCAAUAUUUGUGAGCAUUUUCUAUGAUAACAAGAAACUAUACGAUGAGCAGAAGCUUGGAGAUGUCUUGAAUACCUUCACAGAACCCCAAAGUGAAAUUUAUUUGAAAAUGGUCAUCGAUUACCUGUUGUACAAUCUGCCAGCUAUUCCUGUUCGUGAUCCACCAGAAGAGUUAUUUGAUAUCUUGAUUCAAUUGGAGGAUAAUAGAGGAAUAGAAAGUCAGAUUCACAUACGUGAGACCAUUGAUUGCACAAUUGGAACCAUCCAAGAUUACAUCUCUGAAGAGCGAAGUAAGAGCCUUGACACACCAAAAAUGAACAGAGAAUACUUUGGUUUGGUGCUCCAGUCCUCGGGGGAUUAUAUUUGUGACAGCAGCAAGAAGUUGCGAGACGUGUUGGGACUCGAUGUUGCACCACUUCUGCAAGUUGUAUUCCGAGUUCGGUUCAAUUUGUCUGAAGAAAUAUCAUUUUGUCGGUUUCACAUCAAAAUCAACUCCGACGUACCCCAGCUCCAGCAUUUUAACCUUAUAGAAGUGAACAACAGAACCACAGUCGAGGAGUUGAAACAGCAACUCGUAGCGCAAAUGGACGAGUCUUCGGUAAGACGAACGUUCAUCGAGCAGAUAGAGUUGUCGUACUCUGCGCAUGUACUAGCCAACACCCCAUCUAUCAACCAAUCCCGUUUAUACGACGUCCUCAGCUUGGACCUGAACAUACUCUAUGAGCAUGGCAACAUAAUAACGAUGGACUUGAAAAUAACUGACGAAGAUGGAAUCUUAAGCCGUCUGUUCUGGAACGAUCUUCGGUCUUCUGAAAGAUUCGAGUUCCUCCCGACAAGAACGACUGAAAACGAACCGAGCGAGACACAGCCAAACCAACCAACGGAAGCUCAGCCUCUUGCGGUGGAGCCCAUGAAGAUUGUGUUAGAUACGGGAGAGGAAUGGCAGUUGACGGGCGAAUCGUAUGAAAUGAUCAAGAAGACCCAUGAUUCUCGUGGCGAAAACAUACAUGGGGGAUCAUCUCUUCUUGUAAAUCAAUCUGACUUAUCGUCAAUGAUGUACGACUUUUCAUUGGAAGUUGACGGUAUUCAGAAAAAGGUGCUGCUUAAUACUUCACAAUGUAUCAUAGUGAACAAAGGAGACCACCCUCCAUACGUUCUUUUGAGUCCGGCAGGCAUAGCUAGGUUGGACUCGGUUUUCCGUGAUGAUAAUGGCAGUAUGAUACAACAAGUGAGGGUUCUACUCCAUCCAGCGGAACAACACCGGCAUCCUGCGGUGGUCCACGUUCAAAAUGAACAUCUCGGCGAAGUGGAAAACAAUGCUAACCAAAACAGGCAGCAAGCUAGAAUGAUCUUCAAUAUCUACCCGCAACUUCGAAACCAUAUGAGAGGCACCGGACGCUGGGCAUUAACGGUGUUGAGGUAUGCGUUCAUUUUACAUUUGAUAGGUAUUGAUAUUCUCUUGCUCAAAAUAUGGCAAGAGGUAUUUACCAUUGGUGUUCUCGUGGGCACCAUCUAUGUCUUGUUCUUCUCAGGAACAAGAAUCACCGACGCUUUGAUCACAUUAUUACCAGAGAGAGAAAAUGUGGCAGACCGUCGAUACGACGAGGUGAUUCUUGCCGGAAUGAUACAAGGUCUUCAGAUCACAAAUAGCAUCCUAGACACCGGGCUCACGUUGGUGAAGAAUGAACUCAUCAUGACUGCGGUUAAAAGAACGAGAGAGUUUGACUUGUUUAUGAAUCGAGUCGAAGGUAACGAUACUUAUGCCACUGCGAUUGGAGAAACAUUCACAAAUUUAUGGAAAGAUGCAUUGCUUUACACGCUCUCAAGUAUCCCCAGGUUGCAAUCCACCAUUGAAGAGUCCAUUGAGAUUUGGCGACAGACGGAAAUUGAAGAUCUCGAUACCGAAGUCAAGAUGUUUCAAGAAUUGAUAAUCACCAUAAUAUCGAUUUACGACAAGAAAAAAUGA